CGCGAAAGUGAAAAGUAGCAUUUCCCCGACCUUGGGAUACAGUGAGAGUAAAAGAGCAAUGGCAGUGCUCAGGAUUUGUUGGCAGCUCCUCCUGUAUUCGCUACUAAGUCAGGCGAUUAAAGUGGAUAAUCUGGGCAAGGAGGGAGCUGCUAGUAGCUCUCCAAGUCCUCCAGUUUAUAGAGUUUCCAAGCCCGAACCCAAACAUCCCGAGAAUAGAGUUCCUCCGCAUCUGCAGGACAUUCGUCCAGGAUAUGUGGACGAUGAUGCAGGGGAUGUCAUCAGGAUUAUUGAGCCACCUCAGCAUUUCCAGCAGCUGAAGCGAUUGCGACAAAGGCAACCCAUUAAUCCACCUGUUGUUUGGGAACAACCUCGAAAGGUGGCCACAAAUAGGGUUAAAGUUAUACCCCAAGGAGAUCUGCUGACACAGGAAACCCAGAUUCAAAACGGCCCCAAUCAGCUGCAAAUACCCAUGGAAAUUCUUGCCUCAGUGCGGAAAACAGAGCGCCUUUUGCAGCAUCAAAGACACAAGUUUCCUUUAAUAAGACAACGUCAUAUCCAGCGACAAAGUCACACUUUGAUAGGCCAAAAAACCAUCGAGCAGCAGAUCUACCAUCGUGGCCAACAGCAAAGGCUAAGAGCGGUGUUGAGUCGCAACCAAGAGCACAAGAGAAGUAAAAGAAAUCGCAGGGAAAUUCCGGAGAAGAGAAAGGAAGUCUACGAUGUGCAAAAGGGGUUGAAGUUGGUGGCUCACAUUGGGGACCUGCUGAAAAACGCCACACAAUAUUUACCCGACGAAGGCGAAACCACCAAUGAGGUGAAGAGGUCACCAAUCUGCAGUAAUGCAACCAACUGCGACAAUCGGCGACGUCGCCAAAGACUUUUUAAACAGCAAGCCAAAUCAGCAGAGCGGGAAAAAUUAAAGGAGAGGCGGCGCCACUUCCGCAACGAUUUAACAGCAACUACCACAAAGGCGACAAUAACAACCACUGGCAAAUCGGUGUUUUCAAGUGCCAAUUCAAUUGCGGAAACUUCCGCAACUCCGUUGGCCAGUCGCCUGGUGAAUUCACGCAAAUCCAAAUCCAAAUCACCAAAUAACAACCGCAACUUGGGCCGCAGCGAUGACUCCAUACUCUAUGCGGAUGUAAUGACGAACAUACGCAAUUUGUGGCAGGAGCACGAUCUCUUAACGGGACCAAAGUCUAUUGGCCCUGGCGAGGUGGCCAACAACACGGACUACCGGGCCUUGGAUGUGUACCUCAAGGAGCUGGAUGACUUGGCCAAAAAGCUACCCACAGUGGCACCCAUAACUGGCCUAAAUAGAGAGGAGUUGCAAAGACCCACUCCCACUCCCAAUUGGUAUCUGAUUAACGCAGAGGGUGGCAUCUACGAGACCCGACUCGAUAGUCAAACCAAGCCUUCUUCAUCGCUCUUUCAUCGGUUCCCCGACAUGCCCAACCAAAAUCAGAGUGUGUCCACAUUGGACUUGGAGUAA